AUGGCGGCCUCUUUGGGAGAGUCAUAUGAACGUUUCUCUGUUCGUCUGCCACAUUCCAAUGGCAAAGAAUCGAAAUACCUAGAUGAGUACAUGGAAGUUGGAAAGAAAGACCCAAAAACAGGAGAACUUACGCGGUUUAUCUUCUCGAAAGAAGAAACAUUUGGUCUGGAAAUCACCCUAAAAGCAGGCUUCAACCACGGAUAUUAUGAUGGUGUUAUAGUCAAGCUGUCAGAUGUCAAUUCUGGGGGUAUUGUUUGGCAGAAGAGAUACCCAAAGUCUAACGUGAAGGAGCCGAGUCAGCAAGAUCAGAAAAUUCUGAUUGGUUCUAUCGAUUACGCAAUGAUCGAUGGGAAAUUGAAGUCGAAAGUUCUCAUGAAAUUGGCACCACUAGUACCAGAUGAUUUCCGCAAGCCUGGAGCCAAUGAAACUUGUCGCUACCCCCGUAUGCUGGAAGGAAUCUGCAUUAGUAUAUGCAAGUAUAAGAGAGCCGGCGAUAUUCAAUUGACCAAGGAAGAAUUCGACCUAAAGCUCAAAGAACAUGCGUUGAAAUUAGAAAACUAUGCUAGAACUGAUGGCGAAGGUUCUUUAGAUACCCCGAAAAGGAUUCUUGUCCAUCGUAAAGUAUACCAGAAACACAACAUUACACACAAGUUGAGAUUAGUAGAUGGAGUUGCAGUCCCAAACGAGGACAUUGAAGUAUACUUGGUCCCUCCAACAAAUACUAAAAAGCUUUUCAGGUACAGUGAUACACAGAAUUUCUAUUACCUGUGGCGGGGUGAGAAGUUCUUUGAUACCACAGCUAUAGCCCAAACCCCUAUUGCUCUAAUUCGACAACCUUGGGAUAUUUUGACUCCCAGAGAACGAGAGGAAGCAUAUGGAGAGCUUUCGAAAUAUGAUUUCCAACAAAUUUGGUCUCAUCAUUUUAAAGCACUUGGUCCGAAGCCUAACAAAGCAGCUACCGAUGCACUAAAGAAUCAACUUCGUGAAAACCUUCCAGAUUACUGGCGUUCGUGGCAUAAGUUGUACCUGUAUGAAAUUUCGAGAGCAUUUAAAAUGUUGCAGGAGAGGCGUCGAUUUCUUGAUAGGGGAGAGAUUCCAGAAGAUUUAGACAUUAUUGGCAAGUCUGAGGAAGCCCCCAUAAAAUUGGAAAAUACACCGAAAAAAUUGGAGAAGUUUUCUGAGAAGAUACGCAUUCCAUCUCUCACACACCCUGGUAGGUCUGUAUUUUUGAGAUUAGCAGCAUCCUCGCCUAAACUAGCAACAGCCCCGAUGUAUGAACCAGAGAGCUCUCCCCAAUCAAAAUCUGCUCAAAUCGUCGCAGGCAUGAGUUCAGCAAUGGAAAGGUCUGCAAAGACUGAACCAUCAGGAGCCUCAAUUUUAGGUCGAGCCUCUGCCUCGAUUACCGGUGUACUUGGGCCUAUCAAUGAAAGACUCCUCUGUCUAGAAUGUGAUAAGAAUUUCGUUAGCGACCGAGCGUUUCUUGACCAUUUCCAACCUACUCACGGCAGUAAUUUUGGAGAUCUCAAUCAAGCUAUGAUGGAUAAAAUAAGUCCUGACGCAUUUUCGAAUAGCCUUCCCGGUGUAUGGGCAAAUACAAGAGCCACGGAGCUAAUGAAAACAACAAGUAGGACGCUGGCUAUCACGUCUUCUUCCGAGGUACCUGCUCCAAAAGGUCUCAAUAACUCUUUAUCCAUAAGCUUUCAUGUCGAACAUAGAAUGAAUAGUCGUCUCACCAAGCCCGCAACCAACAAAUCCUCUAAGUCCAAGUCAAGCUCGACGAAAAUGUCAGUUCCUAAAACGAUCACCGAGCCCAUUUUCAAGACACCAAAGCGGCCGGCCGGAAUUGCGGAUCUGUCUGAAUUGAAGCGGCAAUCCUCGAAGAUGAGACGAAUGAUGGGAUAUAUCAAGGGCGAAAUGGCGAUGUAUCAUAGUCCACUUGCCAUUGAACAGGCAACAAGACCCUCAGUGUUGAGCCCAGCAUGUGUCAAAUCUUCUGUUUUCGAAAAAGAUAACUUGACAGAUCCCAUGGAUCUUGAUAACUCCCGGAUGAUUGUAGCAGCCAAUCCAUCAAAGCCAGGUGCCACAUCAUCCAGCUCUUUCACCAGCACCAGUGUUUCUCCUUCACUUCAAACUGCUUCACUCUCGGUUUCAUCGAGUGAAAAGCCCCAGGCAUCCCAGAUUGUGUCAUACUCUACCUCCAAGCCACUUCCAGUGCUUCCUCCUCCUUCAAUCCCUGAACCAUCAUCCGUAGAUACCUCAAGCACCAACUUACCAAUGAUCACUUCUUCCAAUUCACAUGUUAUUUCUGUUUUAGAUACCUCAAGUAUCGAAAGUUGUCAGAUAACAUCUAUUCCAGAUAUCGAUGAGGUGGAUACUUCUGCCGAGCUGCCAACCGCCGUUGAAUCAGACGUUAAUACUCCAUCUGAAAUCGGGUCUUCCACUAGACUAGCCGCCGAAACUCCCUCGAUCGUCACCGAAACGACCGCCUCCUCAGUUAUUCCAGUCAUCGACCUCGACAAAUGGGUUUCAUCGCCCGAAUUCAUUGCCAUUCACUCAUCCACCUCUUCCUCUGCCUCAGUUAUCAAAUCUGAGACUGACACAGAUAAGAAGCUGCAAAUGAAAGUUGAAGAAGAUCCAAAAAUUCCAGAGGCAGAAAUGAAGAGUAGUGAAGAGGAAGAAAGGAGACGGGAGACAGAGCUUGAGGAUGCGAUAAGAAUUGCUGAGGCUAGAAUGGAAUUGCAUAGAGUCAGGAGGAAGAUUGAAACAUUGAGAUCGGGAAGUUUGUGA